AUGUACGGCUGUGAAUGGGACGAUGAAACUGGGAACGUCAACGGCUUCAGUCAGUUUGGCUUCGAUGGAGAGGAUUUUAUUGUCUUUAAUCUAGAGACUGAGACGUGGAUCGCACCGAGGGCAGAAGCCAUGUUCACAAAGAUUAAAUGGGACAGGGACGAGCUGAAGAUCCAAGCUCAAACUCAAAUUUGUGUUGAAUGGAUAGAAAAGUACCUUAAUGAUGGAAAAGAACAGCUUUUAAAAACAGUCCUCCCGUCCAUCUCUCUGCUGCAGAAGUCCUCGUCGUCCCCCGUCACCUGCCACGCCACUGGUUUCUUCCCCGACACAGCCUCUUUGUUCUGGACUAAAGAUGGAGACAUAUUCUACGAGGGCGUGGACUUUGGGGAGACCCUGCCCAACAACGACGAGACCUUCCAGACCAGUGCGGAGCUGGACGUGUCCUCUGUCCCAUCGGAAGACUGGGGCCGCUACAACUGUGUGUUCAGGCUCUCUGGAUACAAAGAGGAGAUCAUCACACCACUGGACCAAAGAUACAUAAGAACGAAUGGACAGUUCAACAUGAAGUCCUCUGUCUGUCUGGUUGUUCUGGGGAUUCUUCUACAAGACGCCUCUUCCAUGAAACACUCUCUGAAGUAUUUCUACACUGCAUCGUCUCAAGUCCCAAACUUCCCAGAGUUUGUUGCUGUGGGUUUAGUGGAUGAUGUUCAGAUUGUUCAUUAUGACAGUGACACAAAGAAAGCAGUGCCCAAACAGGACUGGAUGAAGGAGGCCACAGAAGAUGACCCUCAGUACUGGGAGAGAGAGACUCAGUUGGCUUUGGGUUCCCAGCAGACCUUCAAAGCCAACAUUGAAACUGUGAAGCGGCGCCUGAACCAAACUGGAGGGACACACAUUAACCAGUGGAUGUACGGCUGUGAAUGGGACGAUGAGACCGGUGAAGUGAAUGGAUUUAAUCAAUAUGGAUUUGAUGGAGAAGAUUUCAUUGUGUUUGACCUGAAGACACUGACAUGGAUCGCACCGAGACAAGAGGCCUUCAUCACCAAACUCAAGUGGGACAGUGAUGAAGGUUAUAAUGCCUAUUUGAAAAACUACUACACCCAGGAGUGUCCUAUGUGGCUGAAGAAAUACGUCAGUCAUGGAAAGGACGCUCUGAUGAGGACAGGUAAUCCACUGACCUGGUUCAGUUUUUAA